UCCCCUUCAUAACUGUGUGAUGACUCAAUGGAGGCGAUUGAGGUGUUAAGUCGUCGUGUGUAAAGCUAGCUUGCGAAACCGCUGUAUCUAUUAUGCGCUCUUCACUCGAAGAACUGACGGAAACAUAGCCAAUAAUGAGUUUUUUCGGAAAAAAACCAUCGCCUGCAGAACAAAUGCGGCAGCAAAACAGGGAGCUUCGAAAGACGCAGAGAGACAUCGAGAGAGACAGGCGUGAGCUGGAGAGGCAGGAGAAACAGCUGGAACUUGAAAUCAAGAAGGCCGCUAACCAAGGAAAUAAGCAGGUAUGCACAGUUUUAGCGAAGCAGCUUGUGCAACUACGAAAGCAGAAGGCGAGGACUUAUGCUGCGUCGUCUAAAGUGUCAGCCAUCGGCUCGCAGUCCAAGCUGAUGAAUGCGAACGUGAAGCUUGCUAAUGCAAUGGCCACUACUGCAAAGACAAUGGGUGAAGUGAACAAGCAGAUCAAACCUCAGGACAUCGCCAAGACGAUGCAAGACUUUGAGAAGGAGAGCACAAAAAUGGGAAUGACUGAGGAACUAGUUGAGGACACACUCAACUCUAUCCUGGAUGAAUCUGGUGAUGAGGAAGAGCAGGACGCCAUUGUCAACAAGGUUCUUGAUGAAAUUGGCAUUGAAAUGACUGGAAAGCUCGCUGCUGCUCCAUCUGCAAGAUCCGAUCCCCUUGGCGAGAGUUCCAAGGCACGCCUGCCAACUGACGAAGAAAUAGAACGACAGCUUGCCAAGUUAAAGACCUGAGUGGCACAUGUCCCAGUUUGUUUUGAUAAGCCACGUGUACAGAUGCUCCUGUAAUAUACAGAGCGACUGGUUGUGAUAUUACCAUCGAGUCUCGAGGCAACUACUACUCGCUUUGCGCCGGUUUACUUUUGUACUUUUGCAAGCCUACGGAGUCUUCGCGUAAGUCGAUCUUUUGUGCACAACACCAUAAUGCCACCAAAGAACUUUGUUUUUUGUUGCUUUAAUUCAUUAGAUUUCACAGUCUUGGUUUUAUUCUCUCUGAAACGAGCCUUUCUUUGUACUUUGGGACAUCAAUAUGGAUAGUUGUGAGCAUGAUGAAGUACUGUUGGCACCUCAACUGAUCUUUCUGAAGAUGUGCCUGCUUGGUUUUUUGCUCACUCUUAAAGUAGUCGUGAUGCCACGAUUUGUUGUCCCAUGUAUGAAACAAAAUGUGCAAAAUAAAUUGAGUGAUCAACAGAAA